AUGCAAAUUUUAUCAAUUGUUGCUAUGAAAAAACCACAUUCAACAAAAGGUGAAGAUAUUCGUGAUGAAAAAGUAAAAGUAUUACGUUCUGUAUUACCAAUAAAAACUGAAAAUGUUAUCAUUGUACAAUAUUUUGGUGAUAAACAUUCAACAGAUCCUGAACAUCAACUAGGUUAUUUAGAUGACAAAUGCGUACCACAAGAUUCAACAACACCAACAUAUGCACAAGUUAUUCUCUCCAUUAACAAUGAACGUUGGGCUGGUAAAGCAUUAAAUCAGAAGAAAGCUGAAGUACGCAUUCCAUUUCACGAUGCACCCGGUGCCAUGUUUGAUGAAGAUAUUCAUCCCAAUGAUCUAUCUGGUAGCGUAGCUCGUGAUGAACUUGUUAUAUGUAGUCAACCAAAUGAAGCCAUUUAUCUUAAAAUAAAUACAAAACAACCCGAUGAAAUGAGUUUUAGUAUUGAAGAAACGGAAUUAGAUUUAACAUAUGGCGAACGUUAUCAAGGUAUUAAAUUACCUGAUGCAUAUGAACGUUUAAUUCUUGAUGUAUUUAUGGGUUCAAAAAUAAAUUUUGUAUGUUCAGAUGAAUUACUAGAAGCAUGGCGUAUUGUUGAUCCCAUACUUGCUGAGAUUGAUAAGAAAAAAAAUACCAAUUAUUCCAUAUAA